AUGGACAAUUUAAGCAUAACAUUUACGGGACACAGCUUAGGAGCUGCUCUUGCAACCUUGAGCGCUUAUGAUAUCAAACAAAUGCUUUGCACCAAGCAUAAUUUUCAUCAAAUUCCCGUCACCGUCUUCGCUUUUGCCUCUCCCCGGGUGGGAAAUCUUGCGUUUACUAAACGGGUGGAGGAGAUUGGAGUGAAAGUGCUGAGGUUUGUGAACAAGCGUGACCUGGUUCCCAAAGUGCCCGGAGUUUGUAUGAACGAGAACGUGGGAUGCCUCAGCAAAUUGCUGCAUUGGCUUCCGUGGACAUACUUUCAUGUUGGCGUCGAGCUUCCUUUACAUAACAAUUCUCCAUUCAUUCAGCACACCCAUAAUCUUGCCUACUUUCAUAAUUUAGAGCUUUACUUGCAUUUACUGGACGGGUACGUUGGAAGUAAGCAGCCGUUUUCUUGGAGUGGAAGAGAUCAUGCUCUGGUUAAUAAGAGCUGUGAUUUAUUGCGCGAGAAAUAUGAAAUUCCUCCAAAAUGGUGGCAUGAACAGAACAAGGGCCUCGUUAAAGGUCCAGAUGGCAAAUGGACGCAGCCAUCAGAAGAGGAAUAA